CACGAGAGGGAUGAAACAGUCGGCGAGAGAACCGUUAUUGAAGAACCCAAAGCUUGCAUAAUCCUAUCAAAAUCCACAUACGAUGAAAGGGUACUAGUGAUAUAUAUAUAUAUAUAUAUAUAUAUAACUUCUGCGUUGAGAAAGCAAUACAAGCUUCAUUUUCCGACCAACAACAGAAUGUUUGGUUUGAAAUCCGCUGAAUUCUCAUUUGCCCACAAUAUGUUCGAUGAAAUGCCUCUUUCAGAAACUACCUUUCCGAAGCGAAAUCUUCUACACUGCAAACUGGGUUCCCGUCAUCUUGCGAGCAACCCAAGAGUGGCGUUGAAAUCCGCUGAUUUGUCUCCGGCCCACAAGAUGUUCGACGAAAUGUCUCUUUCAGAUACCUUUGCUUGGAAUAGUCUUAUCCAAAGCUACUUAACCAGCAGAGAUUUACACCACGUUUUGUUCACUUAUCAGCAAAUGCUUCGCCGUGGUGUUUGCCCUGACAGACACACUCUCCCCCGCGUUUUGGCUGCGGUUUCGGGCCUUUCAGGUGGUUUGUUUGUUGGCAAACAAGUUCAUGGCCACGCCAUAAAACUCGGCUUCUCUCACGAUCAAUAUGUGAUCUCUGCUCUCCUCGAAAUGUAUGGAAAGCUCGACGAUAUAGACAGAGCAAAAUGCCUGAUCCUCGACAAGUCUCCCCGCACGAAUGCAGUUUCUUGGACUCUGCUAGCUAGGUUGUACAUCAGGGAAGGAAAACCCAGUUUGGCUAUAGAUUUGUUUUACCAAAUGCUGGACUCGGGGGCUGAAAUAGAUUCGGUGGCGCUGGCGACUGCAAUCAGCGCGGCUGCCAUGUUGAAGUCGCUGAAAGACGGCAGGAUUCUUCAUCAGAUUGCUCGGCAGCGCGGGUUGGAGUUCAAGGUGUUAGUGAGCAACUCGCUCUUGAAAAUGUACAUUGAUUGCGGCAGCAUCCAGGAUGCUCGAGCAGGUUUCGACCGAAUGCCCUCCAGGGAUAUUAUCUCCUGGACAGAAAUCAUUCACGCGUACGUGAAGAAAGGCGGGUACAGCGAGGGACUAAAACUUUUUCGUCGUAUGAUUACGAAUGGAUUAAAGCCGGACCCUUUCUCAAUCUCAAGCAUUCUCCCAGCUUGCGCGAGAGUAACUGCGAAUAAGCAAGGCAAGGAAAUCCAUGGCUACUUGCUUCGAAACAGAAUAGACAUGAAUCUUACAGUCCUCAAUGCUCUUAUCGACAUGUAUGCAAAGUCGGGAUGCAUCGAGUUGGCUUCAAGAAUGUUUGCCCAGUUGAAGCACAAAGAUGUUAUUUCAUGGACUGUAAUGAUUCUGGGCUAUAGCUUGCAUGGACGAGGAGACCUUGCGGUGGAUUUGUGUCGAGAACUGGAAAACGAAUUGAGUGCGGUACGAUUAGAUCAGCUUAGAUAUGCAGAUGUCCUUCGUGCGUGCAGCUCCGCACGCAAAAUUGAAGAAGGAAAAUUCUACUUCAACCGCAUUAAGGCACCGGAAGUUGCACAUUACGCUUUGAUGGUAGGUCUUCUAGCAAAUGCCGCGCUCUUCGACGAGGCAAUGCUUUUCAUUCAAGAAAACAAGAUUGAAAGGCACGCCGAGGUAUUACGAGCAUUGCUAGAUGGCUGUAGAAUUCACCGCAGAACGGAUUUAGGUAAGCGGGUAGCGGAGCAGUUGUCUGAACUAGAACCACUUAAUGCUGAGAAUUACGUAUUGCUGUCAAACUGGUAUGCUCAUAAUGGUAAAUGGGACUUGGUUAAUAAAAUGAGAGGAAUGAUUGGGGGCAUGGAUUUGAAGCCUAAAAAAGCUUAUAGUUGGAUAGAGUCGAGAAACAAAGUUCAUGUGUUUAGGACCGGAGAUGUGUCACAUCCGAGAUCACAAGGAAUUUAUUGGGAGUUGGAGUGUUUGAUGAAGAAAAUGGAAGAGGAAGGACAGAAGCCUAAUGCGGAUUAUAGUCUUCAUGAUGUGGAUGAAGAGAGGGACUGCAUUGGGGUUGGGCAUAGUGAAAUGUUGGCCAUCUCUUUCGGGCUCAUCAGCUCGAAAGGCAGUGCAACCGUUCGCGUGACCAAAAACCACCGUGUGUGUCGCUUUUGCCACGAGUCCGCCAAGGCUAUAUCCAACAUUGUAGGGAGAGAGAUCAUACUCAAGGACCCGAAUCGUUUCCACCAUUUUCGGGAUGGUUUGUGUUCUUGCGGUGAUUUUUGGUGAAGUUCUUUGUUCGUUUUUUGGUUGGUUUGAGUCUCGACUUUGGCCAUUCAUUCCUUUGUUCUUUCUUUAGGUUAUUUUUUUCGAAGUGGUCAUAAAAUGCAGGAAAUAUGAUGCUAAUGUGGCCCCAAAAAAAAUUAGAAAAUAGAGCUUGCAAUGCCAUUUCAGCAUGUUUUUGUAUGCUGAAAAAAAUCCUGAACUCAUGAACAAAAGUGAUA